AUGGCCCGCUCGCGAUACAGUCUUGCCCCGCAGGCGACGCCGGCGAAGGGCCAGAAGGUCCCGCUCAACGACGACGACGAGGAGAGGGCAAAACGCCGCCAUGCCUUCGCUGAGCGCCAGCGCAAUGAGCUCAGGCACUCUACGACGCCCAACUCGAAGAAAAAGGGACGCCGCUCGCUUGCAGCGCAGGUCAUCGAUCCCUCCACGCCGACCCAGGACCACGACAUGCCCGAUGUCGCUGGAAACGCCGUCACCCCCAUGAAGCGCGUCCUGCCGCUCGCAUCCAACUUUGAAGACUGGAUCAAAAUGGCGACCGACAACAAGAUCAACGCGGCCAACUCCUGGAACUUCGCCCUGAUCGACUACUUUCACGAAAUGUCCUUGCUGAAGGAGGGCGACGGCGUCAACUUCCAAAAGGCCAGUUGCACGCUCGAUGGCUGCGUCAAGAUCUACACCAGCCGAGUAGACAGUGUUGCGACAGACACUGGCAAGCUUCUGAGCGGUCUGGCGGAGAACGGCAACAAGAAGAGUCGUGGUGGUGACGAAGAAGAUGAGGACGGCGAGGAUGUAGAGGGCGAAGAGGGUGAAGACGGCCAGAAGAAGAAGCGGAAGCGGGCUGUACGCUCAGCCGAAUCGACACUGGCGACAUCAUUCGAGCAGCUGCAAAACAAGAAGAUGGACCUGGAAUUUGCCCAGGACCCCCUGUUCAAAAAGGCAACAGCCGACUUCGACGAGGGAGGCGCCAAGGGUCUGCUCAUGAACCAUCUCGCGAUCGAUGCAAACGGCAGGAUUGUGUUUGACAGCAGCGAUGAUGCGGGCGAUAAGACAACGAAAGAAUCAGCCGAAGACUCCGCGCCAGGGGAGACGCCGGUGCCAGAGGAAGCAGCAGAGGAAACCCCGAGCAGCGACAUCGACAUUGACAUUUCCGGACUCGCCGCCAAGUAUUUCCCCAACCUCGCAAUCCUCGACGAACAAGAUGUCUGCCCAUCAAUGAAGACCUUCGAUCUUGGCGACGUCAACGGCUCCAUGGAUCUGCCCUUCCUCAAAGCGCCCGACGACUGGCGACAAGACGAGAAGGAUGCAGACGAAGAUGAGGCUGGAAACGUCACAGGCGUAUUUCUCGACGAUAACAACGCUGGUGGUUUUGAUGAUGACGACGACAACCUGGGCGGAUUCCAGAUGGCAGAUGAUGUCGGAUUCGGGGAAGGUGGUGACGCUUUUGCGCAGGAGCUCGCACUAGUCCCCAACGCCCGCGUACACAACAACGGUGAAGAAGCUGAAGGCGACGAGCCUAUCGAAAGCGUCGAAGGCCAGACGGGCAGCGACGAGCAGCAAUAUGCACUGACCAUGAACCACGCUCGCGAUCAGGAGCACGAGAACAUCUUGAGCUACUUCGACCAAGCGCUGAAGAAGAAUUGGGCAGGACCCGAACAUUGGCGUAUCAGGCGUGUCAAGGAGGCUGGAAAAGUGGCACCAGUGACGAAGAGGAAAGAGAAGGAGCCUUUUGAGAUUGACUUCCUGGCGCCCAUGUCGCAGGAGUUGGCCAACGCCCUGUACACCCCCGCGACAUCAGCCUCCACGAUCCUACUACCAAGGGCACAAUGGAAGUCAAAAUCGAAGAAUCUCCUCCCCGACGACAAGCACUUCAACUCGAAGAAUUUGCUGCGACUGUUCCUGAAGCCAAAGGCCCGUGUAGGCCCACGAAGACAGCAAAAGCGACACCAGGAGCUGGCAAGGAAGGAUGACGCAGCCAUCGGCGAGAUCAACGAGGCCUUUUGGGCAAAUCGUGCGAACGAGGACGCUGCUGCAGAUGAUGAGAUCCCUGUGCAAGGCAAUUAUGACGCCGACUUCUUCAACGAUGAUGCGCUGCCAUUUGCUGGUGGCUUCAUGGACGACGAUGACGACUUUGCAGACGCUCGUGAUCACUUCUCGCCAGUGCCUUCACAGGUCCCAAUCGGCACUCAAGCUACAGAUGUGUUGGGUUCACAGGCGAAUGCCUUCGGCGCAGACCUCAUAUCUCAAAGCAGACGAUUCAGACCAGAAUACAUGCAGUAUGCACGCGCAGCGAAGAAGGUCGAUGUGAAGAAGCUGAAGGACAACCUGUGGAGCAGCAUGGGGCUUGAGAAGAUCACUGCGCCACCUGCACCAGAAGACGAUGAUCCAUCCAUGAAGGAUGUAAGCGGCACGCUCAAGUUCACGGAUGUGGUCAACAACUUGAAGCAAGUUUAUUCAGAGAAGGUCUUGUCUGAGAUCUCGACAAGCUACUGCUUUAUCUGCACACUGCAUCUUGCCAACGAACAAGGCUUGGUCAUCGAGAACACCCCUGAUUACGAGAACCUGAUCAUCAGGAAGGACUUCAGCGCUGACCUCAGCAUCGGGCAUUAG